UCCACUGAGUUUACUGAAUUCCACCGGAUUCACUGAAGUUAAACCUUAUUUUUUGUUUCGAUGGUUUAAUUUAAUCAUUUUAAAGGGAACUUUUACGCACCUGUAGUUUGUUUAUGAGACUGAACCUCGGACGGGGAAAGUUAAAAACAUGGCCGAUCCAUCAGGACAAAACAGAACAAACUAUGAACGUCUGACAGCAGAGCAGAUGGAUGAGCAGAGGAUUCAGGGCGUGGCCUAUCAGUACCUGUGCAGGUUGGAGGAGGCCAAGAGGUGGAUGGAGGCAUGUCUGGGGGAGGAGCUUCCUGCUCCCACAGAGCUGGAGGAGUCUCUCAGGAACGGUGUAAUCCUCGCCAAAUUGGCUCAUCGCUUUGCUCCCAACGCCGUCCCCCAAAAGAAGAUCUACGACCUCGAGCAGCAGCGUUACCAGGCUUUGGGUCUUCAGUUUCGUCACACUGAUAAUAUCAAUCACUGGAGAGUCGCCUUGACAACACUUGGACUGCCCACUAUCUUUCAUCCAGAAACAACUGAUAUCUAUGACAAAAAGAACAUGCCGAGAGCCAUUUACUGCAUCCAUGCACUCAGUUUGUUUCUGUACAGACUGGGCAAGGCACCACAGAUUCAUGAUCUCUAUGGCAAAGUCAAGUUUACAGAGGAGGAAAUAAAUAACAUGAAGCUGGAGUUGGAUAAAUAUGGAAUCCAGAUGCCUGCCUUUAACAAGAUCGGAGGAAUUCUGACCAAUGAGCUGUCAGUGGACGAGGCUGCAGUCCAUGCAGCAGUGAUCGCCAUCAACGAGGCAGUGGACAGAGGUCAUGUGGGGGCCACGGCAGAGGCUCUGAGGAACCCUAAUGCUAUGCUGAACGACCUACAGGAGGCACUGAUGAGUGUCUACCAGGAGAUUCUCAAACAGGCUAAAAGACAGAAGGCCCAGCAAGCAGCGAGGAAGGGGGGCAGAACUGAGGAGAAGGACAUGUAUGAAGAAUAUCUGACCCAGAGGGAGAUUCAGGGGAACAUCAAUACUGUCAACGUGCGUUCGGCGGUGGAGCAGGUGGAUGAGGCUCUAGACUCUGCAGAUGAGCUGUCUCUACUCUCAGCCCUGCAGCUGCCAUGUUUGGCCCUCAGAGGCCUCCGUACUGACAAUGGUCCGUGGUACCUGGACCAGCUGGCUGCAGACCGACACCAAAAAGCACUGGAUCAGGGAUGUGUUGACCCUCUGGAACCUCAAGAGCUGCAGGAGGGAGUGACCACUGCCAAUCAGGAAGCACAGAGAGCAAGGAACAUGGAGGCAGCAGUCCAUAGUGUUAAUGAAGCUCUGCGUCGCAGUGACCCCAGACAGACGGUCAGCUGUCUGAUGAACUCUGACCUCCAGCUGCCACAGGUGUUUCCACCUGCUGCAUCACUCUAUCACAGAGAGCUACAACUACUGCAGAGACAGACCGAACAGGGGGACCUGCAGCAGGAGGAGCUGUUUGUUGCUGUGGAGAUGCUGUCAGCUGUUGCCCUCAUCAACCAGGCGCUGGAGGUGGGGCAUCUACAGGACUUCAGCUCCUCCUUAGUCAGUCUGUCUGCAGGACUCGCUGAUGUAGAAACCAACCUGAUGCACAGGUAUUUUGAUGUUCUGCUGGCUCUGAAACAGCAGUCUGGGAGAGAACUGCUCACCUGGAAUCAACUGCAGGAAGAAAUCAACUGUGUGAACAACUCGGAACAAGACGAACAGCAGAAGGUGUUGGCUGUCUCUUUGAUUAAUGAGGCUGUGGUCCGGGCAGACCCUCAGAGGCUGCUGUCUGCUCUGCUGCUGCCCUCUACUGGACUGGAGGGUGUACUGCAGGAGAACAGCUACAGGUACCUGACUCUGCUGAGCCAAGCCAGGCAGCACCGAGCCCAGGUGAGCCGGGACCCUGGGGCGGAGCUGUGGUUGGCUGAUAUCCAGGAGCAAGUCAGGAGAGCCAAUCAGGACACUCAGAAAGCUCUGAAGUUGUGUCUAGCAGUCGCUGCAGUAAAUCAGGCAGUGAAGGAGAAUAGAGUGAAGCAGACGCUGCGUGUCCUGUCUCUACCAGAGGUGGCGCUGCAGAGCGUCAUGGCUGACUGUGCUGCAGAGUAUCAGAGGGCGUUAACUGCACUGCUGAGGGAGAAGACACUCAAAGGAGAUAACAAGAGUGCGUGGGUUCGAAUCCGCCUCGAGGACGGGUCGUCGUACUUCUUCCAGCUGAACAGACUUGAGGGCAGCUGGGAGAAACCACAUAACUUCAUCCACAACAGUGUGUUCUUGGACCGUCAUGAGAUUCAGGAGGUGGUCCGCAGUGUUUCAGGCUCGUACAGCCGCAGCGUCCUCUGGAAGAGCAAUGAAACCCUCAUUGUUCAUCUACAGGCACUCAGCCGAGGUUUCCUGGUCAGACGACAGCUGAAGGCUCGACGCAGAUACCUAAUCACAAACACACCUGCUGUUGUUGUCAUCCAGUCUCAUUGGAGGAGGUUUGUCCAGCAGAGGGCGUACAGACGUCGACUGCAAUUCCUCUACAUGAACUGGAGAGCUGUCGUCAAGAUCCAGUCGUUUGUGAAGAUGUGGUUGGUGAGGAGGAGAUAUCGAGCCCGGCUCCAAUUCUUCAGACGUCAUGUGGAUGCUGUCAUAAAGAUCCAAGCAUUCUUCAGAGCAAACAGAGCCCGAGAGCAGUACAGGAUGCUGGUGCACUCAGCCACACCCCCACUCUCCGUGGUAAGGAAGUUCGUUCACCUGCUCGACCUGGGUGAUGGUGACAUCAGAGAGGAGGCGGAGCUUUUGCGAUUGAGGGAGGAGGUGGUUCGGAACAUCCGCUUCAAUCGGCAACUAGAGUCAGACCUGGACCUGAUGGAUCUGAAGAUUGGCCUGUUGGUCCGCAACCGGGCCACUGUACAGGAAGUGGUGUCUCACUGUAAGAAACUGACGAAGAAGAACAAGGAGCAACUGUCAGACAUGAUGGAUGUGGAGAGAAGUAAAGGACUAAAGGCUCUGAGUCGACAGAAGAGAGACCGAUUGGAGGCCUAUCAGCACCUUUUCUACCUGCUGCAGACUCAGCCUCUGUACCUGGCUCAGCUCAUCUUCCUGAUGCCUCAGAGUCGCUCCACGUCCUUUAUGGAGAUGUUGGUUUUCAGUCUGUUUAACUAUGGGUCAGACCGCAGAGAGGCCUUCCUGCUGCUGCAGCUCUUCACGGAAGCGCUACGAUAUGAGAUCAGGCUGAAGGUGGAGCAGCCUCAAGACAUCGUCACUGGGAAUCCCACCGUCAUUAAGAUGUUGGUGAACUUUUACCGUCAUGCACGGGGUCACAACGCGCUGCGGGAGACUCUAGGUCCGGCCCUGCAGGAUGUCCUGUUGGACCGCAGCCUCAGCAUCAGGACAGACCCUGUGGACGUUUACAAGACCUGGAUCAACCAGACCGAGAGCCAGACCGGAACCAAGAGCUCUCUGCCAUAUGAGGUCUCACCUGCAGAUGCCCUUUCUCACCCUGAGGUCCAACGACGUAUUGAUGUUGCCAUCAUCAAUCUAAAGAACCUGACGGACCGAGUUCUCAAAGCCAUCACCUCCAACCUGCACAAACUGCCUUAUGGUUUGCGUUACACUGCUAAGGUGCUCAGAGAUGCUCUGAAGGCAAAGUUUCCUGAGGCCAGCGAGGAUGAACUCUACAAGAUCGUGGGGAACCUGAUCUACUAUCGCUACAUGAACCCAGCAGUUGUGGCUCCAGAUGGUUUCGACGUGGUGGACCGCUCUGCUGGAUCUGCUCUGCAGCCGGACCAGCGACACAUACUGGGCUCCAUCGCCCGGAUGCUCCAGCAUGCUGCUGCCAACAAACACUUCCACGGAGACGGAUACCAUGUCAGAGUGCUGAACCAGUACAUCAGCCAGACUCAUGCCAAGUUUAGGAAGUUCCUGUUGGCGGUGUGUGAUGUCCCUGAGCCUGAAGACAGAUUCUGUAUAGAUGAAUAUUCAGAGCUGCUGAUUGUCAACAGACCUGUGGUCUACAUUUCUGUGAGCGAGCUGAUCAACACUCACCAGCUGUUGUUGGAACAUCAGGAGGUUUUGUGUCCUGAUCCGUCAGACCCCCUCAGAAUCAUACUCACAGACCUGGGCUCUGUCCCAGCCCUGCAGGAGCUGAUCGGAACUACAGCUGCUGCCUCAGGGGACAGUUUGUCUGCAGAUCCUGGAUCAGAAUCUGGCCUAGCUCAGAUCAGUAAGAUGGAGGUCUCUCUGACUCUCACCAACAAGUUUGACAUCUUCAAUGACUCUGAAGACAAACCAGAUGCCAAAGGACUCUUGCUCAGUACAAAGCAGCUGAUCAUUGACGUCAUCAGAACUCAACAAGGAGAUUCACUGACAGAAAUACUGAGAGCAUCUGCCUCACAUGACCAGGAGGCGUGUCAUGAUUGGCUGAUGCAGCGUCGUGCUCGACAGGACGCUCGAACUCCUGAGAAGUUGAAGAGGAACCAGUCACUGGUCGCUGACGGCAACCUGAGGCUGGAGGAGAAGAAGAGGAAGAUUGUGAGGAGCCUCCGCCGACUAGAGGGUAUGGGAGUCCUGAGACCGCCUCAGUCUGAAAACCAGAUCCUGCAGAUGAUCGCCAAGGACAUCCGUCACCAACGGUUACACCGUCAGCGGCGAGGGGCGGAGCUGGUGAAGCUCCGUCAGACUCUCAACAGUCUCCAACUGAAGAGCAGCUUCCACAGUGAACAGAUCGACUUCUACAGACAUUACAUCACUUCCUGUCUGGACAACCUCACUGCUGGUAAACCCAACAAUAAGAAGGCAGCUGAGAGCAAAGGCAAGAAGAAGGCAGCUGUCAGCUACAGCGCCACUCGACUGCAGGAGAAGGGAGUACUGCUGGAGAUCCAGGACCUGCCCAGCACACAGUUUAAAAACGUGGUGUUCGAUAUUGUCCCUGGACCAGAGAAAGGAAGCUUCAGUGUAAAAGCUCGAUUCCUGGGGGUUGAGAUGGAAGAGUUCCUGCUCAAAUACCAGGAUCUGCUCCAGCUGCAGUAUGAGGGCGUGGCAGUCAUGAAGAUGUUUGACAAGGCAAAAGUCAAUGUCAACCUGCUCAUCUUCCUCCUGAACAAGAAGUUCUACAAGAAAUGAGCCAAGUGACACUCCACCUCACACUCCUGUCACUGCUUUUAUCUGUCACUAUAGAACACAGAGUGAACGCCUGUCACUACACUCCCAUCUCUGUUGUUACAUCAUUACUAUUAUACUUCAUAAGACCUUUAUCUCAUAUAACAAAUAUGAAUUGAAGUAUCUUUAUUUACUCCUAUCUCUGCUUCAUAUCCUCACUACAUUGUCUGAUUUUAUGUCUGACUGGUUCACACAGACUAGAGCGUCAUCUCUCUGUUCUAUCUCUGUUUGUAAUGUUGGUAUACAUAUGCAUUUAUACACGUUCAGGACAGCCAAAACACUAUCCUGCUUAUAUAUAGCCACAUUUUCAUGAUACUUUAUAUACUAUUAAGAUCAGAGUGAAGCAUUUCUCUCUGAUCCUAUUUCUUUUUAAUUCUCACUACUUCAAGGGAAUGCUUUAUUUUGAAGGGAUCAAUGAUACAAAUCAGAUUAUUGACAAUCAGAUCUCAUACUUUCAGAUUCUGUUUAACGAUGAAACACUGAUUUAUCCAAGUUAAUCGAUUGGUUUCAGCUGAUUGGAAUUGGCUGAGGUCUGUACAUAUUUUCUGUCUCUUUCUCUUCUUAAUGUUUUGUCUCUAAAUGUCAUGAAACUUUAACCAGUUUUUAUAUCCAAUAAAUUCUCUGAAUAUUU